CAUUUCAACAAUCUACAGAUUCAUUUUGAGAGAAAAUAGAUAAUAUGGAAAAAAAUACUUAUUUGAUAUAUUUUUCGCCACGUCAGAGCAAUUAAUUAAAAGGAAGUAUGUGCAAAUAUGUGUAUUUUAAAAUCUGAUUAAAAUCUUGUGUGCUUUAAUUAUGGAUAAUCGGGAUAUAAGGUGCCGUUUAAUUAAUGCGAUUCGUAAUGGAGAACUGGAAACAGCAAGGGAGUUAAUAAAUUCUUACGGGCUGCCAUAUUUAGAAUCAUUGUCAAAAGGAUAUGAUUUACUUUGUGAUGCUCUUGUUGAUAAACAUUCGGAGAUUGCUAAAUUACUUUUAACAAGCGGCUCUGAAGUCAACAGUUAUCAAAACUCUUCUAAUACUCCCCUUCAUUUUGCUGUUAAAAAUGGUGACAUAGAAAUUAUAAAGAUGCUUCUAGUCAGAGGUGCUAAUAUUAAUGCUCAAAAUAUCUUUGGCGUAACUCCACUCCAUGAAGCGAUUGAAAAUAAUGAUCAAGAAAUUAUCGAAUUACUGUUAAAACAUGAAGCUGAUGUUAAUGUUAAAAAUCGUUAUGGUCGUACUCCACUUUAUGAUGCGAUUAAAAAUAAUCGGUUAGGAAUUACUGAAUUGCUUUUAAAACAUGAAGCUGAUGUUAAUGUUAAAAAUUGGUUUGGCCAAACUCCACUUUAUAAUGCGAUUCAAAAUAAUCGAUUAGAAAUUACUGAAUUACUUUUAAAACAUAAAUCUGAUAUAAAUGCUAUAGGCAUAGACAGAAAAACCCCACUAUUUAAUGCUAUUGAAAAGGAAAAUUUAAAAAUUACCAAGCUACUUUUAGAUAAUGGAGCAAAUGUUAAAGAUUUUCCCAAGCUAUUGAAUAUUGCUGUUAAUAGGGGAUGCACGGAAAUCGUUGAACUUCUUUUGCAACAUAAUGCUAAUGUUAAUGUUAAAAAUCGUUAUGGUCAAACUCCACUUUAUGAUGCGAUCCAAAAUAAUCGAUUAGAAAUUACUGAAUUACUUUUAAAACAUAAAUCUGAUAUAAAUGCUGAAGGCAAAAACAGAAAAACCCCACUAUUUUAUGCUAUUGAAAAUCAAAACUUAAAAAUUACCAAGCUACUUUUAGAUAAUGGAGCAAAUGUUAAAGAUUAUCCCGAGCUAUUGAAUAUUGCUGUUAAGAGGGAAUGCCCGGAAAUCGUUGAACUUCUUUUGCAACAUAAUGCUGAUGUUAACGCUACCGAUAUAAACGGUAACACAGCAUUGCUUUUAACUGUAAGUGAUUGUUAUGAAGAUUCUUAUAAAUCUCUUGAUAGAGAUUCUUAUGUUAAUAUAAAGAGGAAAAUUACUAAACUGCUUCUUAAUCAUGGUGCUAAUGUAGACGCUCAAACUCGAGGUGGUAAGACGCCACUUCAUUUUGCUGUCUACAAUGGAUAUUCACAAGUUGUUGAAGUUCUUUUAGAAUAUAAUGCAAAUGUCAAUGUUAGAGAAAAAAAAAAUCUCGAGACACCACUCCAUAUGUCUGCACGAAGAAAAAAUGUAGAAAUUUGUAAAAUUCUUUUGAAUAAAGGAGUUGACGUAGAUGCUGGGGAACGGAAUGGAUUCACAGCGUUGCACAUUGCAACACUAGAAGGUUCCAACGAGAUUGUAAAACUAUUGCUUGAACGUGGUGCUAAAGUUGAUUCUAAAAAUAAAUGUAAUUCUACACCCCUGUAUAUCAGUGCUCAAAAAGGACAUCAGGAAAUCAUGGAAACUCUCUUGAAAUCCGGUGCUGAAAUUAAUUUUAGAAGAAUCGAUGGCGAUACAGCACUCCAUACUGCUUCUUUCGAAGGGCAUGUUAAAGUUGUUACAACUCUCUUGGAGUAUGGCUGUGAUAUUAAUUCUAGAGACAAGGUUGGCAAAACAGCACUCCACAUUGCAUCUCACGAAGGGCGUGUUACAGUUGUUACAACUCUCCUGGAGUAUGGCUGUGAUAUUAAUUCUAGAGACAAGGUUGGCAAAACAGCACUCCACAUUGCAUCUCACGAAGGGCGUGUUAUAGUUGUUACAAUUCUCCUGGAGUAUGGCUGUGAUAUUUAUUCUAGAGACCAGGUUGGCAAUACAGCACUCCACAUUGCAUCUCACUUGGGGCACGUUAAAACUGUUACAACUCUCCUGGAGUAUGGCUGUGAUAUUAAUUCUAGAGACCAGGUUUUCAAUACAGCACUCCACAUUGCAUCUCACUUGGGGCACGUUAAAACUGUUACAACUCUACUGGAGUAUGGUUCUGAUAUCAAUAUUAUGACAAGAAGAUAUCUUACACCUCUUGAAUAUGCUAAAACUGCUGAAACUAUUGAAAUUCUUAAACGCCACAUAGUUCAAAUGAAAACCGCAAAUUUAUAUGUUAGUCAACGAAAUUUGCUUUCAGUUGAUGGAAUUUCCUUUCCUGAUUUUCAGGAAAAAUGUGAGAAUGAAAUAACAAGCAUGAAGAGCGAGAAGAUGAAUAAUUAUAAUAUUUCAUUUUAUGAUAUCUUGACAAAGAACACUGAUUCAUUAGCAAUAUGUUUGAGGAAUGAAAAUAUAGUGCAGAUUCUAAAAUUAGACGACUAUAAAACAAAAUUUCCAAUAUAUGGAAGCAUGAUAAAAAGCCGUUUCAGAAAUGGUAUGAAAAGAAAAGAGUUACUUGAUCAAGGGAAUAAAAUUUUACAUUUUCUUUUUGCCUACUAUCUUCAAUUACCACAAGAAUGUACUGAAAAAAUAUUUAGUUAUUUGAGUGACGAAGAUUUAAAGAUAAUCAUCGAAAAAAUUAAAGAUAAGUAGACGCUCCUGGAAAAUUUCAUUUGAGUUUCUUACGUUUGAAUUUUACGAGUGAAGCCAAUUUUCUCGAUAAAUAACGAUUUUACACGAAAAAUUAUUUUAUUUAUGGUAAUCUUUUUUCAUGUAAAUUAACAUUUAUCGAGUUAAUUAACCUCUUUCAUAAAAUUCUAGAGGGUAACCUUUGCGAAAGUAUUGCUAGGAGUGAAAAUUAAAGUUUUACGGGGACAUACAGUCGCUACUUAGUAUUUACAUUACAAUGUACUUCGAUUAACGCAAACCUUGAUGGCCUAAAAUUACAGAUGUAAAAUCCACUAAUACCAAAUUUGUAUUUUAAUUUAAAAUAAAUUUUUACAACAUA